AUGAUACGUGAUUUCAGAAAAUCCGUUCUUAUUGCUCCCCAAGAUGUUACCCUGAUGAAGAGAUUCGAGUCUAACGUGUUCAAUAAUUCCAUCAUUGGUCAACUCAGGGUGAAAGCAGAGCAGCAGCAUGAUCAGUUACCAAGUUCAACAUCUGAGGGCAACGAUUAUAACGAAUCCGAGGAUGAAGAUUACGAUCCUAACAAGGCCGAUCAGGAUGAAGCUGAACCAGAUAAGCUUAACCAGAAUGUGAACAGCAAAAAUAUAGGAGAUGAUAAAGGUGGCGAGAAAGAAGAUGAUGAAUACAAUGAUGACGAUUUUGAAUUAGGGGAAGAGGACAAGAAAGAAAUGAGGAAGUAUUCGGCUAUCGAGUCUGCCACUGGUGGCCUCAUCAAAACGAGGCGGCAAAGGCAAGGAGAGGAGGAGGAGGCCAAGCUUAGGAAAAGACAAAACUUAGGAAGUAUUCUGAAGAACAAUAAAACUGGCAGUACUGAUAUCAAUAACAUAUGGGCCGAUAUGAAAGGCCAAUCGCGGAAGGCUUUGUCCAGAAGCUCCACUUUGGGAAGUUCUAGUGAAGCUACAACUUCAAGGCCCAUGGAGGAAGAAGUAACAGAAUGCAAUUCUUUGCCUUCAAAUCCAGACUCUCAGAACCCUGAGAAAGUCAAAAUCAAACGAACGUACGAAUUUGCUGGUAAAGUGGUCACUGAGGAAAAAUGGGUGGACAGGAACUCUCAGGAAGCCAGAGCUCAGGUAAACUCGACGAAGCUUAGGUCUGAAGCAACCCAAGAAGAUUCCAAAAAAGGAGGUGAAAAAAGAUCUUUUACACAGAGGAAUGCUAAUUUGUUGUAUCCACUCAGGAGAAAGAGGAGGAGAAAGACAAGUUUGUUAGAAGCUGUAAUCAAUAACUCCUCUGCUGCAAAAAUAUCAACUUUAGAGAAGUCCAGGUUGGACUGGGCCACAUAUGUUGACCAGAACAAGAUUCAUGAUGAACUGAAAUAUAAAAAUAAGGCUGGGUACUUGGCCAACCAGGAUUUUCUCGAUAGGGUCAACAAUAGGCAGGCUAGCUUGUUCAGAGAUGCUAGGUCUAGUAGUUCAAAAAAGAAGCAGUAA